AUGAAAGGCCUCUCGAUCAAGGAGGCACUCCUUCCGCAGCCUCCGUCGUUUGAGAAGAAGCAGAACUAUGAGAUACACGAGGUCCUCGGGACAGGUACUUUCGGCAAGGUCAUGGUACGUGCCUCGUCGCCUCGGCCAACAAUGGAUGUCGCUUUGAAGGUGAUCUCGAAAAAGCGCGUCAAAGGGAAUGAAGAGGCGGUGUGGGGCGAGAUGGACGUGUUGAAAGGGCUGGACCAUCCUAACAUCGUCAAGUUCUACGAGUGGUUCGAGUCGCGGUCGAAAUACUACCUCUCGUUCGAACUCGCGUGCGGUGGCGAGCUUUUUGACAGGAUCAUUCACCAGGGCAAGUUCACGGAGAAGGAUGCCGUUGGUGUUAUCAAGUCUACCCUCAAAGGCGUAAAAUAUCUUCAUGACCACGACAUUGUCCACCGGGACCUCAAGCCUGAAAACAUAAUCUACCGGGAGAAGGACGGGGACGCACAUAGCGGCAUCGUCAUAUGUGACUUUGGCAUCGCAAAGCAUCUUACCACUGCCGACGAACGGCUCACGCAGCUCGCUGGCUCUUUCGGCUACGUGGCGCCAGAGGUCAUCAACAAGACCGGUCACGGCAAGCCAGCUGAUCUAUGGAGUAUCGGUGUCAUUACUUACGUUCUCCUGUGCGGAUACUCGCCAUUCCCGGACGACCCGAAGGCGCUUCAGAAGAACGAUAUACGGGUAGAGUUCCACGAGAAGUACUGGGGAAAGGUGUCGGAUGAAGCAAAGGAUUUCAUUAAGCAGCUUUUGAACGUUGACCAGGCAGAACGGCCGACGGCUGCUCAGGCUCUCAAACACCGCUGGCUCACAGAGCACGAAGCGUCGGACGAACACGAUGUUUCCGAAGGGCUCCGCGCCAGCUUCGACCCACGCAAGCGGUGGCGCCAGGCCAUUCUCUCCACCGUCGCUGUCUCGCGCCUUGGCACGCGUAGAUCUUCAGCCAUGUCGACCGCCUCGGGCGGAUGGAAGGCCGACCACGCCAACGGCGACGGGGAUCCUGGCUCGCCUGGCUCACCCGGAGGACGGCGGGGCAGCGGCGCCGGGGAUGAGUCAGACGAUGAAGGCGGGUGGAAGGCGAAUCAUGUGGAAGGUGUUGGUGGGGAUGCGGACAAGAAGGCGGAUAUUAGUGCGAGUAAGAGUGGAAGCGGGGAGGAGAAGCAGGGUAAUAACGAUGGGCAGAUGCGCUCGCUGAGUCUCGGAGGUGGGCACCCGGGCUCGAAUGAGAACGUGAACGUUAUCGCGCCGCCCGAUGAGGAACAGCCUUCGUUCGCGGUCGAGGAUGAGGGUGGGGCUGGGACUGGGACUGGGACUGGGACUGGGACUGGGACUGGGACUGGGACUGGGAUGGAGAAGCAGGCGGGGACUCGGAUUGGGGGUAGGAUCAUCUCCCGGAAACUUAUGUCGCUCUUCAGAAGGAGUUGA